AUGGAGCCCGUCACGCCGGAUCUUCUCGGGCGUUACCUCUCUGGGGACAAUGAAAAUGACUUCCGAAGCCCGUCCAGCGGACUCAAAACAGUGUGGACUGAAGCCCGGAAAGCCUCAUCCCGUCUUGAUGUGAUGUGGACCUUCAGUGCGGACGGCCCGGAACUGCAAAGGAAUGAAGCAACCAUCCCACCCAGAAGACGCACCAAGGUGAUCAGCACACUACGGCAUCAACUACAAGAAGAACGGGAUAGGCGGCUUACUUCCCUUGCCAACCAGGGCAAGGUCUUGGAAUGUGUCGCUCUUGACAAGUCAAGCUCCCACUUCAUGCGCUCUGGACAGUUCACAAGAUUCGCCGACUGGCGCUUCAUUCAUCGGGCCCGCCUCAACCUCCUCCCCCUCAACGGAGCCCGGCCCUGGACACAGGGUGACAAACGAUGCAGACGGUGCGGCACACAGCCUGAGACCCUACCCCACGUCGCCAAUCAUUGUAUGCGGUAUUCGGCUGCGUAUACCAAGCGUCACAACAGUAUAGUUGAGCGAGUGAAACGGGCAUCACAGAACAAGUACAACGUGAUCAGUGAAAAUCAGGUUGUGGGUAACACCGGACUUCGGCCAGACCUGGUUGUGUCAAGAGGAGAGGAAGCAAUAGUCUACGACGUGACCAUAGUAUUCGACAACCGCCCGGAGGCUCUGCAAGCGGCUCGACGAAACAAAGAAGAAAGUACCUACCUGUGA